AUGGUCAAUCUACGCAGACCCCUGUGGUCGCUACUGCUUCUUCCCGCGGUACUGGCCUUGUCAAACGAGGAACCGGUAGCCGAAGCUCAUUUCUCGACACCGGCAUCCAGAUCAACAUAUACCCUGUAUCACCGGAUUUAUAACCCUAUCGCUGAAGCAUCACCAUGGGCAAAACGAGGGGAAGUUUUGAUUGCUUCUGACGGCACAUCAGGAUGGAAGGCAGAGGUCGGGGAGGAAAUGAGUUCGAAGGACUCGAAGGAGGACGCUUGGUACCAGGUAGCUUUGGGUUCGGAAGGGGAGGACGAUAAUGUAUCCAACCCUCGGUUUGGAAUGAGCAGCGUCAGACUGUGUCACCUUCAAUUCAGUCCCAACCUGACCCUCUCCGUCAGGCUAGACGGAACCGCAUCACAGACCCCGAAAUCCAUUCACCUAUCACUCGCCAACUCAAAAGGCAUCCCUAAGGACGGUCGAUGUCGAGGACCUAUCACGUCCGAUCGACUACCCAAAUCCGAGCUUCAGAUCGAGCUUGUCCAGCCUGAGGUGCUCGUUCCAAUCGCCCCCAACCUUUACUCUGGGCCCUCAUCCCCCAACUCCCACUCCCCACCGCUCGACCCACAAACCGGUAAACCCCAAGCACCGGCAGUCAAGGAGAAGACGUUCUUCCAGAAAUACUGGAUCUACCUCUUUGCGGGUAUGAUGGUGUUUGCUAUGAUGACCGGGGAAGAACCUCAGAAGAAGGGGGCUGCUCCGGCGAAGUGA